AUGUCCUCCGAUGCGGCGACUUUGCCAUCUCCCCCAAAAGUACCACCGUGGAAGGACAGCCGGCGUUCUUACUCGGUGGGGGACGACAUGAAUUCCAGCGUACAAGUCAACGGACCGGAUUCAUAUCCCAAGGGCAAUGCCCCUCACAUCCCACCGCGGCGACCUCGGUUCCCCAAUAUUAAAGACCUGCAAGACCAGGCUGCUGCGUUAAACGUUAAUGACACUACACCGCUUAGCAUUCUCUUGCCAACGGCUGCCGAUGCAAUCGAAAGGGCCAGGAACCUCGCAGAUGACGACUACAACGACAAAGCCUACGUCCAGUACCUUCGUGCUUCCGAAAUUACCAUCAAUCUUAUUCCCCAUCAUCCGGACUAUCGAACCGUCAGCCAACGCCCUGAUUGGUACAAGGAGUUCGCCGACCUAGUGAAGGCAGUGCGGUCCAAACAAGGCACUAUGGAUGCGAUCAAGCGGGAAAUCAUCGAGGAUAAUCUGGUCAGUGGCAUGCAGCCAACCGGUAUAUUCACAUCCCGAUCCCCAGAACAGAUUUCUGUCACGCCACGGGGCCGUGAGAAUCGAGAGUCUGGAACAAACUUAGCUAGAAUGCCAAGUCCGACUGAGUAUCAAAGAAUGCCCGAGACAGAGGCACGUCCGCAACGAUUUUCCAGUCCUCCAGAUGAUAUGCUUGCGCAACGUUUUGCCAAACUCAAGGCGUCUCCGCCCUCCAACCAGUAUGGGUUGGGAGCAAGUACUGCUAGCCCGGGAAGUCCAAUUGUAGGAUCUGCAGGGCAGACCCCACUUCAUCCGUCGAAUAUACCCCUUGGGACACACAGCUCCCCACCGCCAAGACGUCCAUUGGGGCCUCGUGGUAUGGGAUCUUCAUCCAAUGUACCGAUCAUUCCACCGAAGCUCCCGCUUAAUACGUCGUUACCACGUGCCCCGGACCCGGCCUAUAGCCCUGUCUUCACCGUGCCAUCAAAGCCCACGUCCAACCCCCGAGAAGGUCAACGGAGAGCACGCGAUCAGGCAAUCCAAGAUACUCACAAUUCAGCAACUCACCACGUGUCAGUCCAACCCGGGGAGGCUUUGAUGAGAAUCCGUAUAGAUCUAUGA